UUGAUCAAAGUGGAAAGGGAAGUCUGUAUAAGAAUACAUUAGAUUGCUUUGUAAAAACUAUUAAAGUUGAAGGAAUACGUGGACUUUACAAAGGAUUUGUCGCUCAAUAUCUUAGAGUAGG